UGGGAACCAACGGUAUAGAUGGCACAUGAAGUACCCCGAACCGGUCAAAUACUUCCCCCUCCCUUGCGAUGAAUUACCUAGACUUAGGUACAAGAUGGAACCCGCCCACAUUCCACAUUACCUCCUGCCCAACAACAUUCCACCUCACCUCCAAGCUCAAGCCGACCAAGCCGAACAACCCAAUCCCCAACCGGAGCAACCCGAGCACCAAGAGGGAUAUGAACAUGUCCAACAUGAUAUCCCCGACCUCCCCCAAAACCCGCCACCACAAGACUUCUUCCAACAACUCUUGGCGGGUCAACAAUCCCUCUUAACCGGUUUCCAAACAAUGAGCCUUGAUUACACUAAAAUGGGAGAGCAAUUCACCCAACUUCAAGGAGAAAUAGGCCAUUACCGGAACGAGCAACAAGCAAGAGACCGGCAAUUUGAUGCUUACCGGGAGGAGCAACGGUUGGCUUUUCAAAGGAUGGAGGAACAAAGGGCGGCCGACAUGCAACGAUACGAGGAAGACUACCGGAGGAUGUAUGGCCCGACAUAUUCUUACAUGUCCCAACUUGGCGGGUUUGCAUCCAUGGCCUCACCACCACCGGCACCUUCUUGGUAUAACCCCUCCGAUUGGGGUAACUUUGGCGGCUCUAGUUCCGGCAUGGGUGGUUAUGAUGGUGGGGACACCACUAUGGGAGAAGGAGGCGGUGAUGAUAUGCAUGGGAGCGGCUUUGGAGGAGGAUAUUAUGGUGGCGAGGGCGGGCACUAGGGAUAGUGCCAUGAUUCAAGUGUGGGGGAGGAAGAUCCUCUUUUGGACACUAUCUCUUGAAGAAGAAGGAGGAGGAGGAGAAAAAAUGAGAAAAAGAAGAAAUAGGAAGCAUAGGAGACCGUUAAACCCAAGGAAAUGUUGUUUUGUAACUUCAUUCACUAUACUUGGUGGUUUUAGUUUCUUAUUUCUUCCUAUCUAUGAACUCAUGAUCUUGUGAUGAACACGAUGUAAACAUUUGGUUUUACUCGAGGUCGAGUAAAGAAACUAAGUGUGGGGGAG